AUGCCGGUGUACGACGACCCCGGGCUCUGCAAGUGGCUUCUCAGCAACAUCGCGGCCUCGGUACCUUUGGAGAUCAAGCGGUCGUCUCUCAUCACACCCAACACCUGCAUACACCAAGAGAGCGACGGACCGACCAGGAGCGAACACUACCACACCAAGGAGUUCCGGCACACGGGGGACGACUGCACCGUGGGCACGCACUCGGGCCUGUUUCUAUCGGACGCAGAUGAGGGGUUUGGGGGGCUGCGGGCCGGGGAGGAGAUCUACAACGCGGCGCCGGUGAUGUGGGCGGUUUCGUCCCAUACGCACCCGUCCAUCUGCAACUUUUGCUUUGGGGACCAAGACGAGGAGCGGGCGAUGGGUGGGCAACCACGGACGCGGGGACCGGUCUUGCUCUGCGCGAAGUGCAAGGUCGCGCGGUUCUGUUCCCGGGACUGCCAAAAAAAAGCCUGGGAGGACUGGCACAAGGACGAGUGUGGUCUGCUCCGGGAGCGACCCGGGAUGGGUCUCGUGGAGCUUCUGGUGUGCCGACUGCUCUUUUGGCAGCAACGCAAAAUCCUGCGUGUGGGCGAGUCGACGUGUCUGCAACGCAUGGGGGGUAACUUUGAGAAGUGGCUGGCGGAGCCCGGCGCGGCCAAGCGACUGGAGACCUCGGCGUUGGAGAUCUGGAAGGCCGUGGGGGAAGAGGGGCCGCUUUCGCUGCCGUGGCGGCUUCUACGGGUUUUACCUUGCAACAUUCUCCCACUGAGGAAGCCGAGCAAGAACACGAUGGUGGGGCUCGUGCUGGAGCUGGUCGGCGCGCAGAUCAACCACUCGUGCGAUCCCAACGCCUUCAUGAUCUUCGAGGGCGGCGAGAUUCGGGUCCGGUCGCUGCGGGACAUCGCGCCGGGCGAGGAGAUCACGGUGUGCUAUAGCGACCCUAUAGGCAACACCAUGGAGAGGCUGAAUCGGCUGCUGUUGCAUCAUGCCUUUUCCUGUCGUUGUAUUUCAGGCUCCCGCUGCUCGCUCGACCUGCACGCCCAACGGACAAUCUGCAACACCCCCGACUGUGUGAGCCGCUUCUACCAAGCCCAGGUCGACAUGUUCGUCGCCCUGCGGCAAUACCUGAAAGCGUCCCACUACUCGGCCGACAGCGGCUGGGUUCGGCACGAUGUGGCUGCCCUUGAGGUCCGCAUCGAUGUCAUCCGCGCGUCCGUCGCCGUCUCCCCCGCCGGCCACCCCUGGCCCGACGAUCUGGAGCCGAUGCCGGAGAUGCACCAGAAACUGGCCAUGUUGUACCUUGAACAAGGCAAUCCCCUAUCCGCCCUGCGCUGCGCCCUGAGGGGCUGUAUGUUGCGCUUCCAUCGCCACGGCCCCGAGUGGAUCAACUCUAUGCGCGAUGUCAUGAUGCCCGUGUUGUUAACAGUCGGAGCGAUGCCGGCUGAUGCACCGGCAUUCCAGCGCGAUCCCAGCUGGGACCUGACGCCGACGGACAUCCAGACAGUCACGUACGGGUAUAUACAUGAGGUAGCCCGGGAAGCGCAGACCGCGUUUGGAAUGGACUCGGAGUAUGCGGGGAGCUUGGAUUCAUUAUCAUCAUCGUCGGCGGGACGUACUGGGUUGAGGAUUUGGACGAGGAGUUUUGUGGAGGAGGAGUAUGAGCCAGCUCAGAGGAAGCUGUUAGCCUGGGCUGGGGUGCCGCUGGAUUAUGGGGUGAAAAUGACGGUUUCUGGGAAUGAGCAGGGAGAGGAGACGGGUUUGGCGGAAACUUUGGGUUAA